AUGGCACAACCAGAACCCAAUAGAUACCUAGUUGCAUAUAAUUCUAUUUCAGCAUCAUGUUGGUCUGUUGUAUUGUUCAACACUGUUUUCCUUUCCCUUACCUUGGGACAGCCAUUUGUGUUUACCAAAACUAAUCUCAUAACUACUGGAAUUCAAUCAUUAGCCGUGGUUGAGAUUAUCAAUGCUGCGAUUGGGUUGGUGAAAUCACCUUUGUUUACGACUGUCACUCAAGUGUUUUCUAGGUUAUUAAUCGUUUGGGGUAUUCACCAGUAUUUGCCAAACUCACCUGCUAAUUACCAUUGGACAUAUAUCACCUUGUGUUUGAGUUGGUCAAUUACUGAAAUUAUUAGAUACUCAUACUAUGCUCAGCAUUUAAGAAAUGAUGUUCCAUAUUGGUUGACAUGGUUGCGUUACACCACUUUUUACGUCUUGUACCCAACUGGUGUCUUUAGUGAAGUGUAUCAAAUUCUUUUGUCUCUUGAUGAUGCUGGAUUCUAUUACGGUUGGUUUUUGAAAGUUAUAUUGGUCACUUACAUCCCUGGAUUUUACAUGCUUUACACUUAUAUGAUCAAGCAAAGAAAGAAGGUUCUUGGACCGCAAAAGGUGAAAAAGAAUUAG